AGCGAGAAGCACUGAGUGAGCGGACGACAGGAGAGGGGCUAUGAUUAGGAGAAAACAUCUAUCAUUUUUACAUUUCUACGAAAAUUGUAUUAUUUUUGUAGUUUUUUAACAUUUUGUAUUUGAAUGACAAUACUGGUGUUUAUAUUAAUAAUAACGGAACUAUCAUAAUAACACAAAACAAAUAAGAUAUUUUACCACACUUUGAUUUGGGUAGAACGGGAUAAUAUCAAAUUUCGCGUUUAGUAUGGAAGAUGGAAUAGAAAAGAAGAAAUACAUACCACUGAAAAAUACUGUUGAGUAAGACAAGGCAAGAUUCGAGGGAGUCGGAAAUUUGAUAGAAAUAUACUGCUUCAUAUUCCAAGGGACAACCUGUCGACGAGGAAGGCAUCGGAAUAUGGACGAUGGGAUGGCCGUGACAACAUGAAAAAGAAAAAGUGCUGUGGAAUAUUUUUGCCUUACGUUUGAAUCAACAACUGAACUGGGAAAGAAAACGGAGAGAGGGGAGACCUGUACAGAUCCCUCAUCCCUUUCUCCCCCCCUCCACUUUCAACCAACCCCAUUCCCCCACUCCCUUCCAACAACCCCUUCCGAAUCCUCCCCAGACGUCCCUCCAUCUCUCCCUCCAGCCUGCUUCUCGUUCUUUCUUCUUCCACCUCCCCUCUGUCUCAUUCUCGCACAGUUAAAUCCUCCGCCCCCCCCUCCCGUGGCCCUUUGCUCUGGCUGCUCCCUCCACUUCCACGCCCCCAGAGAGUCAAACGACCACUGGAACCCCCUGUGGCGCUCUGCCAUGGAACCCCCGCCCUCUCUGAACCUGGCCCUCCUCACGGGGAGUGAGGAAGAGGAGCAGCGGCUGGCCGGUCCUCCGAGCAGCCUUGCCCACUCGCCUGUGGCUGGCUACCCCGGGGCCAACCACUCCAACCACACGGGCAGCACCACAAUGGACCGACUCAGCAACUCGCCAUCGCCCACUACCCCCAACCUCCCGCCAGCCGCCCUCCCCAAGCUGCCCCUGGUCUCUGGCCAGCAGCUUCCCCCCGCCAUCCCCAAUGCCCUGCACCCCACUAGUACGCCCCUGUCCUCUUGCCUGGGCAGCCAGCACAGCCUGAGUGGGGACAACUCACCUGUCUACAAUGCCCUCUUCUACUCAUCGCACUCACCAUCCUCAGAACGAGAGCGGGACCGGGACCGGGACCGAGACCGGGACAGGGACAGAGACAGGGGGUCCAAGCACAGGCAGGCCAGCCCCCUGGUGCACCGGCGAGACAGCAACCCUUUCACUGAAAUUGCCAUGAGCUCUUGUAAGUACACUGGUGGCGUGAUGAAGCCAUUGAGCCGCCUGAGCGCCUCCCGAAGGAACCUAAUCGAGUCUGACAGUGGCAGCGACACCAAAGAGGGAGGGGGCACCACCGCACGGGACCGGGAGCGCGACUCGGCCCCAGUGCCUCUAACACACGCCCUGGUCCAGGCCCAGAACCCCCCUGAGAUCGUCAUCUCUUCCAAAGAGGACUCACCGUACGGGUACGAAUUUGACACUGCCUCCAACCAGAUGUCCAUUUACCACCAGAACCAUGCCCUGUCUGAGAGCCGGGGGGCACUGGGAAGUACCGGCGGGGGUGGCAGCACGGGCCACAGCCGCGGUGGCAGUGAGCGAGCCAGGGGCUCUGGGCUCUCCAAGGCCCCAAAACGCAAGAACCAGAACAUUGGAUACAAGCUGGGCCACAGGAGGGCUCUGUUCGAGAAGAGGAAAAGGUUGAGCGACUAUGCCCUCAUCUUCGGGAUGUUUGGAAUCGUGGUCAUGGUCAUCGAAACCGAGUUAUCCUGGGGGGUCUACAGCAAGAGCUCCAUGUACUCCUUGGCCCUGAAGUGUCUCAUCAGCCUUUCGACAGUGAUCCUGCUGGGCCUUAUCAUCGCCUACCAUGCCCGUGAAGUGCAGCUCUUCGUCAUCGACAACGGGGCAGACGACUGGCGCAUCGCCAUGACGAUGGAGCGCGUGCUGCUGAUCGCCUUGGAGUUGCUGGUGUCGGCCGUGCACCCCGUUCCCGGGGACUUCCGCUUCCACUGGCACGCGCGGCUGGCUUUCUCCUACACGCCGUCGGUGGCUGAGGCAGACGUGGACAUGGUGCUGUCGGUGCCCAUGUUCCUGCGGCUCUACCUCAUCGCCCGCGUCAUGCUGCUGCACAGCAAGCUCUUCACCGAUGCCUCAUCCCGCAGUAUCGGGGCCCUCAACAAGGUGCACUUCAACACACGCUUUGUGAUGAAGACUCUGAUGACCAUCUGCCCAGGCACCGUGCUGCUGGUCUUCAGCAUCUCCCUGUGGAUCAUCGCCGCGUGGACCGUGCGCGUCUGCGAGAGAUACCAUGAUGCCCAAGAUGUGACCAGCAACUUCCUAGGGGCCAUGUGGCUCAUCUCCAUUACCUUCCUGUCGAUCGGCUACGGAGACAUGGUGCCUCACACCUACUGCGGCAAAGGCGUCUGCCUGCUCACCGGCAUCAUGGGGGCAGGCUGUACAGCGCUGGUGGUUGCUGUGGUGGCCAGGAAGCUGGAGCUGACCAAGGCCGAAAAGCACGUCCACAACUUCAUGAUGGACACCCAGCUGACCAAAAGGAUAAAGAACGCGGCAGCCAAUGUGCUAAGAGAGACCUGGCUCAUCUACAAGCACACCAAGCUCAUGAAGAAAAUCGACCACUCCAGAGUGCGCAAGCACCAGCGCAAGUUCCUGCAGGCCAUCCACCAACUGCGCAGCGUGAAGAUGGAGCAGAGGAAGCUCAGUGAUCAGGCCAACACGCUGGUGGACCUCUCCAAGAUGCAGAGCGUGAUGUACGAGCUGAUGUCGGAGCUUAACGACCGGAGCGAGGACCUGGAGCGACAGAUGCAGAGCCUGGAGCAGCGGGUGGAGCAGCUGACGGCCGGCUUCAGCGCCCUGCCCGCCCACCUGUCGGCCACGCUGACCGCCCAGCACGCGGCUUUGCUGCACCUGCUGCGCGACCGGGACGGCAAGGCUGCGGCUCAUGCUGAGGGCAGCCCCAACACCAGCUCCUCCAGCUGCUGAGCGAGAAAGGUGGGGGGGAGCCCAGGAGAACGCCAGUGAGGGAGGGAGAAGGUACGGUAAGAGCGACACCCCCCCCCCCAGGCGAGAAAGACCUGGUGAGCGGAAAGGCAGCGGAUGGAGAGCAGUGGUGGAAAGCAAAAAUGAAAUGUAUGUGAAGAGGACGACUUGAAUAAAUGGCGGGGGUGGCGGAGGGGCAGGGCCGUUACCACAGAAAUAAUUACAUGGAUACUGAAUACUUUAAACGAGUCUGCUGCACUAAUUACCAGAAUAUUCUCUCCCUCUGUAUCAGGAAUUAAUGACAGUGACUUUUUAUCCUUACCAUGUGUUUUCUUACUAAUUGCUAAUUGUGCUCUGAUGAACAUCCCUUUAAUAAGAAUUUUAACCACUUCACGGGACACUAUACAUUCACAGCCUGCAGGAGGAACACACUGACCUAAAAGGCGACGCUGCGUUUGCAUCGCGUGAGAACAGGCAGACGGCGUACCCCACGCGCACAGGAUCCGUCCGCGCGGCGAGCGGAUACACGCACUAGGCAGUGCUACGCAGUCUGCCUCGCUACCGAACACCGAACAGAGCUCGGACAAAUCGAUUCGGUAUCUGUAAGUCAUGCAUAUACCCAAGAGAGAAAACAGCCAUAUUGCAUGUUGUCCAUGCCUGCACAGAUGAUACGUACUCAACGUUUACGUAAAUGUAGACCUUUAAGCCCUACAGACACGCACACGCGGACACACCCACACACACACACACACACACUUUCUCUAGGUCUAUCUUUGCUACCAAAGUGCUCUCUCAGUGACUAAAAUGGACUCAAAAAAGAAAGGUAGAAUAAGUAAAUCAGGGAGGAUAGGAGGGGUAGAUUGGACACUUACAUGCCUUUCCCCGGUGACUUGGGGAGACCGAAAAAAUGAAUUUUUGGACGUGCAAUGUGGACUGCCAUUUUUACCGGCAGCAUGAUCAUAAGGACAAUUGAAUGAACCAACCUACUGAAGAGAAAGACAAGCAAAUUAUGAAACGGAAAUAAAGCGAAAGUAAGACAUGCUUGGAUGCCAAGAAGUAUAAACCUGGGAAACGGGAAUAAAACAUAAAUACGACAAGAAACAUUAUAAAGGCGUGCUGGAAUAUUAGAGACACUAUUUUUGCUUCUGACCCCAUUAUACGGAGACCAUUUUAAAAACUGUCUUUUAGCGACAUUCUGUGGCCGGAAAACUGAAUUACACCCGCUUGGAAUAUUGUACUGUCACUAAAAUCUAGCUUUGUAUUGCUGAGUUUUUUACCAUUAAGAUAUUACUACCGCAGUUAUAGCAGAUAUUUAUGAUUAUGAAACUAUAGUAUUAUUCUCAUUCGUAAUUAAAAUGAUGAUACAUGUAUUAAUAACUCACAAUGACUUUAAGGAUUGAGGAGAGGAUUGUUUGAGGGUGAAAUUAUUUUGUAAUUUUAUUUUACCAGAGAUAAUUAAUAAAGUAUAUAUCUAUUUAACAUCUCUGUCUUUGUGUGCCAGUGCUUUGUAAGAUUAAAACCCACAAUCUCUCUUUUCAGUCAGUUUGUAUUCUGUUAUAUAAAACAAUAGGUCUACAUAUAACUAUAUAAAAAUUAUC